UAUAAUUAUAUAUAGACUACAUAUUCCAUAAUAUAAUAGACAGUAAUAAUAGUACGUUUGAAACCGGUUGUGAGAAACAUAAAUCUUUAAUUAUAAACUAAGUGUAAAAUAAACAAUUGAAGAACCGAACUUUUCACGUAUCAAAUGUACGAAUCGAAAAUGUAACUUUACAGCAAUCAUUAUAUUGUCAAUAAUCAAUAUUUAACCACGAAACAGUACAGUGCAAUUGACUCCACAUAAAACGAAGGCGUUGUCAAAUAAAAUUAAAUAUAAAGAAAAAGUGUAUGAGACUUCAGUAUAAAUAUCCGGUUCCGAGUACUAACCUUCAACGUAAGAUUAAAAAUUUGAAAUACAACAAUGAUGAAAAAAACAGAAUUUAUAACUCUACUUGGAUUCAUUCUGUCGACAGUACUAUUAAAAAGUGAUUCUACUAGAAUUAAAAGUGAUAAGCUUGUGAUCGAUACGGAUGCUGGUUCUGAUGAUGCAAUGGCACUUUUGCUUACACUAUCGGUGUCUGCCAACAACGACACGAAUUUUGAUAUUGUGGCAAUAACUUGCACCUAUGGUAACACCAAUUUGACCAACGUCGAAAAAAAUGUGCUCAAGACACUGACAAUCGCAAAUGAAUCAAAAAUUCCAGUUUACUCUGGUGCAUUCAAACCUCUGACUGAGAAUCAUACAUCUGAUAACUUUUUUGGUAAUGAUGGAUUUGGUGAUUUUAAAUUCAAUCGAGAAAUUAUUGGUAAUAUUGAUAGAUCAAAGCAUGCAUCAGCUGCAUUAAUUGAUUUAGCUAAUAAAUAUCCUGGUGAAUUGAAUAUACUUGUACUUGGACCAGCAACAAAUGUUGCACUUGCAAUAUCAUUGGAUCCAAAAUUUGUGUAUAAAGUCAAGCGAUUUUAUGUCAUUGGUGGUAGUGUUAAUGGUAUUGGGAAUAGAAGUCCAGGUGUUAAAUUUAAUUUUGGAGCGGAUCCAGAGAGUAAUUUUAUACUUUACAAUUCAACUCGAAGAGAAGUUAGUUUAUUACUACCAUGGGAGACAAUUUUAUCAACUAAUAUAUCAUCGUCAUGGAGAAAAAAUGUACUUGGUCGUGUUGGUUCAAAAUUUAUAACAUUUUUAAAUAAAGCAGAAUCAAAAAUUUUAGACGCGCCAAAUUGGUUACCUAGUGAUUCUUUAAUUGCAGCUGCAAUGUUGUGUCCGAAACUAAUUAAAAAAUCAAUGGUUACAAAUAUAACACCAAUUACAGAUGGUAAAGCACGUGGUGGGGCACUGGUUGAUUAUACGAAACUAACUCAUAAACCAAAUAAUGUUGAAAUUAUUCAAGACAUUGAUGUUGAAGAGUUUCAAAAAAUUCUUUUGAAAUAUUUAUCAUAAAUUUAAAAUUAAAAAAAUGACUAUAUUAGUAUUUAUGAAUUUAUGUUAAACCUGCACAAUUAUCAAAUAUGGAUAAACUGAAAUACCAAAAAUAUUAUAAAUAUCAAUAAUUUUGAAUAUUCACAAUUAAAAUUAAAAUGUUUAUCUAUACGACUACACAAACAAGAAACGAAUGUAGUGUAUGUGUACCUGUACUUUUAAUUGUAAUAAACUAUUACAAAUUUGUAUAAUA